UGGCGUUUCUUUUGAUCCGGGCUGCAAGUUCAGCUUUAAAGCCAUGGGGGUGGGCCGCAUCUGCUGGGAGGUGUUGCUGAGCCUUUUGGUGGCCGCUCGGUGCCAAGACGGCGAGGAGGCGGACGUCUCCAAGGUUCAAGAGGUGAUCCCACUACCGGCGGACCACCUCCACCAGCCCUGCCUGCAGGACUGCAACAGCAGCGGCUGGUGCGCCUGGUGUGGAGAGAAGAAGGCCUGCUGCGAGGCGGGGAAAGGCCCAGAGGAGUGCGUAGGCGCUGAUGCUUACUUCCAGGGCCACAAAUGCGUGAGCCCCACACAGCAGGCUCUGGAGAAGGUGGGAGUGGUAGACUUCACCUUCGACAUGGACGGUGUCUACUUUGCCGCUGUCUUGGCGAAGCCGGAUUUCAGGGAACACCUCAUCGAGCACCUCAAGACCUGGGUGAGCCAUUUGCUGUUGUACACGGUGCAGCCGCAGCACGUGGGCGUGGUGCUCUCCCGAGGCGACGCAAGCAGAACUCGGGUGAGUCUAAAGGUGAUGGUGCCUAAUGCUGGCCGCGCUGGAGUGAUCCUGGCGGAGAAUAGGUUCUGCCGUGCCAGUGGGCAGGCUCAGAUUCGCGGAGACGCCCAGAACUUUGACGGCCUGAAGUAUGGGGACGCCGAAAGCACCACGUGGGUCACGAUGGUGAAUCGCAAAGUGGCCGGCCAGCCUUGCGGCCAGGAGGCGCAUCAUCCAUGGUGGUCAAGAAAGAAGCUGCUGUCCUUGGUACGGCCUUCUGUCUGGCCCUAUGUGCUGGCUGGCUUCCUGGCAGGAGCUUGCGCCACCUGCGCGGUCAUCAGCAUUUGCUACGAGCACUGCCGUUUGAAGCCACCGAAGGCGUUUGCCCGGAGACUCCCGGAAGGCGGGCAACCUGUGGCGAUGCCGCAAACCGCGAGGGAAGAGGCGCCGCUGCUGAAGCAGUGCCCGCAGGCCGCCUUCCCACCUGGAGCCUUUGGAGGAGGGUUCUGUCCGUCUGGACCAGGAGGCUUCUCUCCGUCACAGAACCUCUCCUCCCGCACGUAUUUGCCCGCCUCGGCCCAAGGUCCCGCCGCGUACAUGAGGCCGCCUUGAGAUGCUAAUGCCCCGCUUUACCGAAGAA